GUUAUUAUAAACAACACAAAGGGUUUUGGCUAAAAUAAGUGACAAGUAAAAUGACCACGACAGAGAACAAACCACAAAUAUUAGCAUUUGGCCCUCGUGGCCUUGCUAAUAUUAGUAUCGCUAUGGAUAAUAAUGGUAAAUCAUCACCGGCUGUGGUGGACACAAAUGAUCAACAUGAUCAUUAUGACAGUUUUGAUAUACAAAAUGGACAUGUUAAGGAUUAUAUGCUCGACUGGCUGGCGAUAUAUGUUUCCAAAACAAUCACUAUAUGUUUGACAUACGGCGUACAAUUAAUGCUGAUCAUACUAGGGUCAAUCUAUGUGACGGAUUGUUACGCGGCCCCUGAACUGCCCAUAAUGGCAAUAAUAGUGGGCGCGGGUUACUCGGUGUGCUGGGUGGUUUACCGAAACACUGAGACUGGUAAAUUGCACCCAGAUUGUUAAAUCAGCUUGCUACACUAGAACAUCAUGCGCGUUCAUUGUUUUGCUAGUUGGAUUAGUACGUGCGAUGUGCAUAUUCACAUAUUGGCGAUCAUAUUCAAACGUGCUGAUCGCACCUGUUGCUACGUUUGCCAUGACUGUGUUGGCGAUCGUGAUUAAAUUAAAGUUGAUCGACCCAGCUGCUAAAGUUCUAAAGUCGCG